GUUUUUAAAUUUCUCUUUGGUCCACAAAACAUUUCUAUAAAUAAUGUCUCUAUGAUGUAUUGCAAGAUGGCAUCACAUGUCAUCCUGCCUUGAUCAAUGUACAGUGCAAGUGACAGCAAGAUCCCAACUCUCUUGUCAUAACUUGUGGUCUGUGCUGCAUUGAUGGAUUUUGCAACCUAUGGAAAGGAUUCAUGACCUUCUCAUCACACCCCAGAGAGAUCAAUGUUUCCUCUACACGAUGUUGUUAUUUUUGGCAACGUUGAGCUUGUCAGGGAAGCUCUAGAAACUUACAAGGAAGUUGAUCAAUCGCACUAUGAUGGUGUUACACCUCUUCAUAUGGCUUGCCUGGCUGGACGCCUUGAUAUUGUAAAGCUGCUGAUUGAUCAUGGUGCAAAUGUAGAGGCUACUUGCCAGGAGGGCAGUACACCACUGUGUGGGGCAGCUGCUGGCUGCCAUCCUGAGAUAGCAGCGCUUUUGCUAAAGUAUGGAGCGCGCGUCAACCCACCUCUUCUGCUAUCUACUCCAUUGCAUGAGGCCUGCAUCAGAAGUAGUGCCAAUCCAGAGAACUGUUUGCAAGUAGUUCGGUUGCUGUUGGAUCACGGAGCUGACAUAUCGUGCAGUGACAGCCAUUACGGAACACCUCUUCAUGCUGCCUGCUCCAAGAGGGAACCUAACCUACGUGUUAUUGAGCUGCUGCUGCAAAGUGGAUCCAACCCCAACUGCCUCCAAUACCACCGCACACCCCUACACCUAAUUGCAGAGAAUAGUCAGAGCUAUGAUUGUGCUCUGACGCUGAUAAGCUAUGGUGCUGAUAUCAACCUAACCAACUGGCGCGACAAGCGUGCCAUUGAUCUGGUGCCUAAGGGCACGCUUCUUCACGACUUGUUGUUGACGUGUGGACACCAGCCUCUCCCUCUACAGCACAUGGCUCGACUCGCCGCUCGCAAGGCGCUCGGCAGAGACAGGCUGAAACAUGUUAAUGACUUGCUAAUACCUGCUGGUCUAAAGAGAUUCCUGCGAUAGCCACAUGUUGUUAUCUACUUUAUUGGCAGCUAGGAGUUCUUGGUUGAUUUUGUUUAUAGUGGUCUGUUGAUCACGUGUGACAGGUGUGAGCAGCAUGUCUGUUGAUCACGUGUGACAGGCGUGAACAGCGUGUCUGUUGCUCACACGUGACAGGCGUGAACAGCGUGUCUGUUGAUCACACGUGACAGGUGUGAACAGCGUGUCUGUUGCUCACACGUGACAGGUGUGAACAGCUUGUCUGUUGCUCACGCGUGGCAGGCGUGAACUGCAUGUCUGUUGAUCACGCGUGACAGGUGUGAACAGCGUGUCUGUUGAUCACGCGUGACAGGUGUGAACAGCGUGUCUGUUGCUCACGCGUGACAUGUGUGAGCAGCGUGUCUGUUGCUCACGCGUGACAUGUGUGAGCAGCGUGUCUGUUGAUCACGCGUGACAUGUGUGAGCAGCGUGUCUGUUGAUCACGCGUGACAUGUGUGAGCAGCGUGUCUGUUGAUCACAUGUGACAGGUGUGAGCAGCGUGUCUGUUGAUCACGUGUAACAGGUGUGAACAGCGUGUCUGUUGCUCACGCGUGACAGGAGUGAGCAGCGUGUCUGUUGCUCACUCAUGAGCAGCAUUUUUCACUCCAUCGUUAUUGGUAAUUUUAGACGAGAACCCCGUGUGAGAUUUGUGAUAUUUAUUUAUAAGGUAACGAAAUUAUACCCAUCAUAGUUA